AUGGCGGAUCCAACAAUAUCUCAGCCCGCACAAGCUGCAGCGCAGCAGCGAGUACACCCCCGCGGCCACCUUCUCCAAAGGCUGGUGCGCUACACAGCUCUAGUCUUGCUCGCCCUCCUGAUACUGGUAGCCAUAUCUGUGCUCAUCGCCUGGCUUGUAAUCAGACCUAAACGACUUGUUUUCACCGUCGAAGAUGGUUCUGUCCAUAGUUUCAACUUAACCCACGACCAGUACCUCAGUGCCACCUUCGAUUUCUCCAUAAUAUCCUAUAAUCCAAACCGCAGAGUCUCCUUCUACUAUGACUCCAUCGAGGUUUGGGCGAGUUAUGAUGAUCACGACAUUGCUUUCAGCGUCGUCAAUUCUUUCUUUCAACCUCGUCGGAAUUGGACUCGGUUGGAUGUGAAGCUCGCUGCUCAGAACGUAUCUCUGUCGAGGUCGACAUCUCGAGAGCUCAGGCUCGAUAAAUCGGGGGGACAGGUCGAAUUAACUAUUCUGCUGGACACAAGGGUGCGGUUUAAGGUGGGAUCGUGGAAGUCUCGAGAUCGUAUUUUGAGGAUUUGGUGUUCUCCUGUCUUCGAUCUUGUGCACUUGUCUUCUUCCAACAACUUUCAUAUGAAAUAUUGCGACGUUGAGCUUUGAG